AUGUACCUCGAAAACCGGUUGAUACGGGCCGAGAGGGGGGUGCGCGGGGGUGGUAACACGAUCCGCGAGCUCCAGCCGGCCGGCCGCCCUGGAGCGGCGGGCGGGCGGCGGGCACGCCGGCGGGGCGGGGGAGGGGGCCAGGGCGGGGGGAGAGGGGCGCGGGCGGGAGACGCUGGUGCGCGCGCGCCACCUGCUACCGCUCUCACUAGUCGAACGGUGCCCGACCGG